AUGGCAUCAUCCCGACCGUCGUCCAGUCUUUUGACCGGGCUCAUCCUGGCUGCCUGCCUUCUUUCCUUUGUCCAUGGAUGGGGGGUGACACCAAAACCAUGGAAUACCAAGCCACGUAUAACGGACACCGACAACAACUCAAUCUCUGGUGAUCGACGUAUCUUUUUGCAAUCCUCCCUAUUAUCGGCGUCUACAACCGUAGCAAGAUUUGGUCCCCUUUCCCCGCAAACAGCCAUAGCGGCCGAUAAUGAUGAUCCCUUUGCCGCCUUGGAUUCCUUUGCCGCCACUGUUGGCAGCACGCCUCCCAAUAGUCUCAACCCUCCUCCUAAUCCCACCAGCAGCAGUAAUCCCAAAGGUGCAUCACAGCCCACGGGACCGUCUGAUAUGAGUGAAGCGUUAAAGGAUAUCCGAAAACAAACGAAAAUUGACCCAAGAACGCAUGGAUAA